CAAAGGGCUCCGCUUCCCUUCCCCUGCUCCGCCGUGGUGGGAGGGCGGCCAUGGCCAGUUACACCAAAGCGGCCCAGCAAUGGGCUACUUUUGCCAGAGCCUGGUACCUCCUCGAUGCAAAGAUGCAACCACCAGGAAAAAUAGCAGUUGCCACUGCAAUGAGACUGGAAGGCAGGCAUAAACCUAUUUAUCAUGCAUUAAAUGACUGCGGGGAUCAUGUUGUCAUAAUAAAUACAAGACACAUUGCCUUCUCUGGUAACAAAUGGGAACAGAAAGUAUACUCUUCACAUACUGGCUAUCCUGGUGGUUUCAAACAAGUGACAGCAACUCAACUCCAUCUGAAGGAUCCAACUGCUAUUGUUAAAAUUACUGUUUAUAGAAUGCUUCCAAAAAACCUUCAGAGAAGAACUCUGAUGCAGAGGCUGCACCUGUUCCCAGAUGAUGUUAUUCCAGAAGAUAUACAGAAGAAUCUUCUACAAGAGAUUCCUCAGCCACGUGUAGUCCCUAAGAGGUUAGAUGAAUACACUCCAGAAGAAAUUGCUGCCUUUCCAAUGGUUUGGACUCCACCUAAAGAUUUUCGAAGGAAGUAAUGACAAUAAAAGAAGAAGUGGCAUCAGGACAGAAAUUCAUCUAACCUGGCAGCAUCUGUGUCAGCCCUUCUCUUCAAAAUGGUUUUGACAGGUGGUAGCAAACUAUGGGAAAUUUAUAAACCUUACUGUAUUUGAAACAGCUCACAACAGAUAUUGUCAAUGGCACCUGCACUCUGUAUGGUUUGGUACCUGUUCAUUACUUUGGGGUUUAAUACUAUUAAAGAAUCAAUAAGUUUUUAAUGAGUAUUUGCAUCUCCUGAAAACAGUGCAUUGCUCACUGAAAUGAAGUGUCUGACUAUAAAAGUUGCAAAAGUUGGGAUUCUGUGAAGUAAGAGCAGUGGACAACUACAGCCACAGAGCUCCCAUGAAUCCACGCUGCCAGCAAAUGAUCUGGUUUGGUCUCCUGGCGAAACAGGUGCUCCAUCCUUACACAGCUUGAUGGAUGAGAGAAUGGCAAUCUUAGUUCAGAAAAAGGGAACUGUUCUUGCAGAACUCAUUCUGUCUUGGAAGGAUGUGAAAAAAAACCCAAACAAACCACAACAGUGGCAUGAGCUCUUUGUUACUUCUGUAAUAGGUUGUGUGGUUCUUCUGAAAGCCUUUUCUGGAGCAUGGAGUGUGUAUAGCCUAUUGUCCUGCUUUUACCUCAGCUAGCAGCUGAGCCCCAGCAGUCCAGUUUCCCCCCCAACUCCCUGCCCUCCCCUCCCCGUGGACAAGGAGGAAAGGAGCUUGGAAAAGCCAAAAUGGCAGUUGAGGUAAGGACAAUUUCCUACUCUAUUGCAAGGAUAUCAGAUUACACAAAGGAAAAACAAAGUGAGGAAACUGUACAGAGGCAUUGAAUAAGGCAAAAGAAGUGUUUGAAAUUACUUUGCUUCUGCAGGUUACUUCCCUGAAGAUCAUUACUGCUUUUCUGCACAGAUAACCCUCAAAGCUGUUGUGCAAAUCAAUCAGAAAACUUGCUGUUUUCUGUCUAGUAGAAGAUGCUGGUAUGUUAUCUGACAAGAACAUUGGAUUACUUAUAACC